AUGAAUACUGUGUCAUAUAAGAAAAUAAAAUUAACGGAUGAUGUGGUAAAAAAAUUUGAGGUUUUAAGAGCCUUCAAGUACAAACAAUCAAUAACAAAAAACAUAUCAUGGAGCUACAACGGGGAAUUAUUGUUAACAUCCAAUGCAAAUGAUUCAAUAACAGUAUAUAGUUUAGUAAAAGGGAAUAGUAUAAAAACAUUGCAUAGCAAAAAUUGUGGUGUUGAUGUUGUAAGAUUUUUAAGCAAUACAAAUGAUGUUAUAGUUUGCUCAACAAAGUCGAAUAAUUUAGAACAUAAACAGUUUUUAAGAUUUUGGGAUGUCAAAGAAAAUAAAUAUUUAAAAUCGUUACCACAAAAUGGUAAUAUAUGUGAAUUAAAUGGAAUUAAUGUAAAUCAAAAUAAAAAAUUAAUGUUAGUUAAUUCUGAUGAUGGUCAUGUAAAAUUAUAUUAUUUUAAUUGUGAUACUCCAUUAAUUUUAUAUAAAUCUGAUUUUAUGAGACCUGUUUCUUCUUUUGAUAAUGAAGGAGUUAUAUUUGCUGCAUCAUAUGGAAAAAAAGAAAUUCAUUUUUAUGAUAUAUUAAUGUAUGACCGUGGUGAAUAUAAUAUUUUUAAUUUAAAAAAUAAUAUGAACAAUGAUGAGUUUAUUACAAACCUUUUUUUUACUCCUAAUAAUAAAUUCAUUAUUGUAUCAACUAAUGAAAAUAAUCAUUUUAAAAUUGAUUCAAUUACUGGUAAUUUUAUUUGUUCAUAUAAAUAUCCUGAUAGUAUAUGUUCUGAACAAAGCAAUUCAGAUGAUUUAAUAAAUAGCUAUAUGCACAUGAUAAAAAAUAAAAUAAAAAAAAAAGAAAGAAAAAAUAAAGAAAUGAAAAAUACAUUAACUUCAUUUUUAACCCAUAACAAUACCUACGAUCAUUUACUAAAUGGAUCAAAUAAUGAGGAUUUAAAUUUAAAUUCCACUUAUGAACCUUCGAAUUCAUGUAAUAUCUUUAUACCAACCAUUUCGCCAGAUGGGCAAUAUGUCAUGUGCGGUUGGAAAGAUUCAGGUAUUCACGUUUGGAAUGAAGAAGGAAAUUAUGUAACAUCUUUAUAUGGCCAUGAAGGGCCCCCCAAUAAUGUGAGUUUCAAUCCCAAGUGUUCCAUACUGGCGUCAAGCUGCUUAAAUGUAGCUCUGUGGCAGCCAUCAAUAUAA